GCGGUAAGACAUCGAUCGAGACACGACACGGCACUGCACGAUCCCUUCGGAAGGACGGAAGAGAAGGCUCCCGCGGAUGCUCGGCAAUCGUGCCGUCGCAUCCUCGCACCAUCCAACGUACUGAGCGCGAAUAUGUUCCGGGACGGCCAAUAUCUGGAAGUGAUCAAGGCUUCGGACGAUUGUUUGGCAACCGCCGUGGUCACUGUGCAGGAAAAAACGGUGGAGAUCGAGAAGCAGAAGGUCACCACUAACAAAUGGCUGCAGGUCGAGGAUUGGGCAGCGCUCUAUAAGAUAUUGGAACGAGCGAUCCUGCGAAACUAUCGGGAUGACAGAUCACAUCGCGAAAGCCAGGGUGAAUGGAAAAAGUCCACUCGCCAGUUGGAAAUCACGUAUACUUUCGAGCAUUCGGAAUGUGCAAGCGACAUGUCAUCUUUACCCACGAUCCAAGUACACGUGUCGCCAGCCCGAAAGAAAUCGGUGAAACGAAAAAUAGAAGACAUCUCGAAGAAAAACAAAGUGGUAACAGAUGACGAUGCGGCGAAACGACCAAGAGAAGAAAAAUCUCCCGAUCGAAUGAACGAUCUGAAAGCCGAUCGAUUGAAGAGAACACCGGAGAAACCGAUGCAAGUUUCCUCGAAGAAGAUUGAGACCCCGCGCACUACUGCAACGGAACAAGAGGAUCUAAAGAGGAAGAAGAGUCGGAAAUACAUGCUCUCCGACGAUUUGGAGAACGCGCCGUUGGAGGAAUAUAUCCCGGACGCACCGAAAGCGAAAAGAUUGUGUCCGGACUUCAAGUACGUGCCGAGCCGGAAGAGCGCAUUGGAGAGUAUGCGUUUAACAUCGAACGAGUACACGCCGACUCUUUGUGACAGUAAACACGUGGUGGAAAACGUGAGUUACGUGCCGAACUCUAUCGAGAAGCUGGAAAUAAUUCAUGAGAUUUACGAACCGCGCGCCAUUAUGACGAUUCCCGAUGGUAUCCUCGAGGAAUACGUACCUAAUUCCAAAGGAGUCAAGCCUUCUGUAGAGGAGUACGAGCCUGAUUUCAAAUCACCGAGCAAAUUGAUGAAGUUCGAUGAUAGUUAUGUGCCGUCGAGUGUGCGACAGAGUACGCCGGACAACUCAAAAAGAACUCCGAGUAAAUCGGAGAAAUUCAAGACGCAGAGGUUGGAGGCGCGUCGAAAGGGAACAUUGGUCAAGAAGAAGAUAGAUCUCUUUUCGUGAGAUAUAAUACGAAUGUUUCUGGUAUACAGCUACAUGUCGAUACGGAAUUCGGUUAAAGUAACAAGCAAGGUGAUCGAAGAAAAUUCCGCAGGAUUAGAAAAUAGAUUUUGGAUAUGAGACUGAUGUUCGUAAAAAAAAAAAAAAAAA